AUGGCGUCCACCUUCGAGAUUCCGACUAUUACUCCAGUAAGGCCCUCUCCUGUUAAUGUUGCGGGCAGGUGAGUUAACAUUCUUCAGCAAGAUCUCAGUAACUUUCACGAAGCCCAUCUAUCGUUAGAUCUCCACGAGCACUUCACGCGCACCUUCCUUCAAUCUCAACCCCAGAUCUCAGAAAACCAGCCUGAACAUGAACCCGAACAACUCUCCGAAGACCAAGUAGAGGGAGAAGAUGGCCUCGGUUACUACCCCGAUGGCACAAAACGCACCCUAACCUCCACCCAAGUCGACAUGUUUCGUUUUUCAGAAAUCCAAUCCCUCCUUAGUUGCCUCCCCUCCCCUCCCUUAUAGCACUCUUCUUUGCUGACACUGCCUAGGAAAGCGCCGCCGUGCUGCCGCAAAAAAGCAAGCCGCCAAAGACCGCCGUGCCCAGCGCGACGAACAAACCCAGCCUAUGGACGGGGACACAUUAAUACGAACAUCGGCCGGACCGGAGGAAGUGGGGGAAAUCACGGAACUCGACCGCAUGAAGUCCCGUCUUCAAGCAGCGGUGUGGGCAUCCUCGCAUGGGUGGGAUAAGCAGGCCACCGAAGAGCGGGCUGUUCCUAGGGUCAUUGAGACGGUGGAUGUUGGGACUGGAAAGAACUUUUUGUGGCCGGCUAUUGAGAAGGGUGAUUGGUAG